CCUAGAGGGAGUCUGUCUGCUAAAGCCAAACCCUGAGCCCAGGACCGUGCUGUCUGCAGCGUGCCGGACAGCCUCUGAGCUCGGUGGACAAACCCUCACACUUCCUGCACACUCGUCAGCUGCAUGUGUUCAGCACUAAAUGAAGUUUAUUUCUCCUCUCCUAGCACACCCAAGGUGAAAAAGAGUGCAGAGGCCGAGCCGACGGCGUCAAAGAGGAAACGAGAUGAGAGCGGAAGCGAGAGUGAAGCGGCGGCCGCUCAGGAGACACAGACUGAAGAGGAAAUCAAGAAGGAGAAGAAGAAAAAGAAGAAAGAAAAGAAACUGAAGCUGGCAGAAGAGGCUGAGGCUCCAGCAGAGGAAGAAACUGAGGUUACGGAGAGCGCAAAGAAGAAGAAAAAGAAGAAAAAGUCUAAAGAUGCCGAGGCUGGCUCCGAGUGAACAGAGACUCAUUGCAGCAGUGGAUUUAACAGUAGACUUGUCCAGUGGAAACCUGUUCUUCCACCUUCACCCAGCUGUCAGUGUCCAGAGUUCACGAGUCUGACUGAAAAUGGUUGUGGUUCAGGUUAUAUAUGUAUAUGUCCAAAUGAAACCCAUAUUGCCUGGGUUUCAUUCAUGUAUUUGAAUGGAUUUUUUUUAUUUUUAUUGUAAAUACAGAAAUUGUAAUGAAAUGAAACAUAUCUGACUUUGUACAAAAAAAAGAGCCUUAUUUCCUUCA